GAGCUGCAGGCCUUUAGACCUGGUAUGCUCAUGCGGAUUCCGCGGAGCCAUUACUAGAGGUCUCUGCUAGUGCCCGCGGCUGUGGAGGGCUAGCCGCAUCUUCUGAAGGGACCUGGGCUGCGGCCCACAACGCUGGGAGAGAGCGGCCACGAGUGGGGUUGCGAGGUCCUCCACUAAUCUGACCUGAGUGGGUUGGUGCACCAGAGGAACCAGCAGACCAAAUUGGUAGGAGGUUCAGGAAGCUCCUCUAGCAGUGUUGGCAUUUUCACCAGAAUGAAUAUGAUUGGCUGUGAUUUUAGAUCAUAAAGCAUAUAAUCGAAAACAUGAAAGUAGACAGAACUAAACUGAAAAAGACACCCACUGAGGCUCCUGCAGACUGCAGAGCCUUAAUAGACAAACUCAAAGUUUGUAAUGAUGAGCAACUCCUCUUGGAACUACAGCAGAUCAAAACAUGGAAUAUUGGGAAGUGCGAGUUAUAUCACUGGGUGGAUUUGUUGGAUCGUUUCGAUGGAAUUUUGGCAGAUGCUGGACAGACAGUGGAGAAUAUGUCCUGGAUGCUCGUGUGUGAUAGGCCAGAAAGAGAGCAGCUGAAAAUGCUUCUCUUGGCUGUGUUGAACUUCACAGCUUUGCUCAUUGAAUACAGCUUUUCCCGGCAUUUGUACAGUUCCAUAGAGCAUUUGACAACUUUAUUGGCUUCCUCUGAUAUGCAAGUGGUUCUGGCUGUACUUAACCUUCUGUAUGUAUUCAGCAAAAGAUCAAAUUAUAUCACACGCCUUGGAUCUGACAAGAGAACCCCACUGCUAACCCGGUUGCAACAUUUGGCAGAGAGCUGGGGUGGAAAAGAGAAUGGUUUUGGACUUGCAGAAUGUUGCAGAGACUUGCAUAUGAUGAAAUACCCACCCAGUGCAACUACACUACACUUCGAGUUCUAUGCAGACCCUGGAGCCGAGGUCAAAAUCGAGAAAAGGACAACUAGUAACACACUACAUUAUAUUCACAUAGAGCAACUUGACAAGAUUUCUGAAAGCCCUUCUGAAAUCAUGGAAUCUCUUACCAAAAUGUACAGCAUUCCUAAGGAUAAGCAGAUGUUGUUAUUUACACACAUAAGACUGGCCCAUGGAUUUUCUAAUCACAGGAAGCGAUUGCAAGCAGUUCAGGCCAGACUGCAUGCAAUUUCUAUAUUAGUUUAUUCCAAUGCCUUGCAGGAGUCAGCAAACAGUAUCUUGUAUAACGGGUUGAUAGAGGAGUUGGUAGAUGUCCUUCAGAUAACAGAUAAGCAACUUAUGGAGAUUAAAGCUGCUUCAUUACGAACAUUAACAUCAAUUGUCCACCUGGAGAGAACUCCCAAACUCAGCAGUAUUAUUGACUGUACUGGAACUGCUUCCUACCAUGGAUUUUUGCCUGUACUUGUGCGAAACUGUAUCCAGGCCAUGAUUGAUCCUUCAAUGGAUCCAUACCCUCACCAGUUUGCUACAGCUCUCUUCUCUUUUUUAUACCAUCUAGCCAGCUAUGAUGCUGGUGGUGAAGCCUUAGUAUCCUGUGGGAUGAUGGAAGCCUUAUUAAAGGUCAUAAAGUUUCUUGGCGAUGAACAGGACCAGAUAACAUUUGUUACCAGAGCCGUUAGAGUGGUUGACCUCAUCACCAACCUGGACAUGGCAGCUUUUCAAUCCCAUAGUGGACUUUCUAUUUUCAUUUAUAGACUUGAGCAUGAAGUAGACUUGUGCCGAAAAGAAUGUCCAUUUGUGAUCAAGCCGAAGAUCCAGAGACCUAGUACUAUCCAAGAAGGAGAAGAAAUGGAAACUGAUAUGGAUGUUGCAGAUGUAACUAUGGAAAGCAGUCCAAGCGCAUCUAUUUCUCUGGAGAACCGUUUGGAUGUUGAAUUAAGGGCAUGUAGUUCCAGCAGUAUCACUCACAUUGUCUCUGGCCCUGGCCCCCGUCCAGGAGUCCAGUGUAUUCCACAACGAGCAGCACUUCUCAAGUCCAUGUUGAAUUUCCUUAAGAAGGCCAUUCAAGACCCAGCUUUUUCAGAUGGCAUACGUCAUGUGAUGGAUGGUUCUUUGCCUACCUCCCUGAAACACAUCAUUAGCAAUGCAGAAUACUACGGCCCAUCACUUUUCCUUUUAGCUACUGAAGUGGUAACUGUUUUUGUGUUUCAAGAACCAUCACUGCUCUCUUCACUCCAAGACAAUGGAUUAACAGAUGUCAUGUUGAAUGCACUGCUCAUUAAAGAUGUUCCGGCUACGCGUGAAGUCCUUGGUUCCCUUCCAAAUGUAUUCAGUGCACUCUGCUUAAAUGCACGAGGUCUUCAAUCCUUUGUGCAAUGUCAGCCUUUUGAACGUCUCUUCAAAGUUCUUCUGUCUCCAGAUUACCUCCCAGCCAUGCGCAGGAGGAGGAGUUCUGAUCCCCUUGGGGAUACAGCAUCAAACUUGGGGAGUGCUGUUGAUGAGCUCAUGAGACAUCAGCCUACUCUCAAAACAGAUGCAACUACUGCAAUCAUCAAGUUACUUGAAGAAAUCUGUAAUCUUGGAAGAGACCCUAAAUACAUCUGUCAGAAGCCAUCAAUUCAGAAAGCAGAUGGAACUGCCACUGCUCCUCCUCCGAGGUCUAAUCAUGCUGCAGAAGAAGCAUCUAGUGAGGAUGAGGAAGAAGAGGAAGUUCAGGCCAUGCAGAGCUUUAAUUCUAACCAGCAGAAUGAAACUGAGCCUAAUCAGCAGGUUGUUGGUACAGAGGAACGUAUUCCUAUUCCCCUCAUGGAUUACAUCCUUAAUGUGAUGAAAUUUGUGGAAUCCAUUUUGAGCAACAAUACAACAGAUGACCACUGCCAGGAAUUUGUGAAUCAGAAAGGACUUUUGCCUUUAGUUACCAUUUUGGGUCUACCCAAUCUGCCCAUUGACUUUCCCACAUCUGCUGCCUGCCAAGCUGUAGCAGGUGUCUGCAAAUCCAUAUUGACACUAUCACAUGAACCCAAAGUCCUUCAGGAAGGUCUCCUUCAAUUAGACUCGAUCCUCUCCUCCUUGGAGCCCUUACACCGCCCAAUUGAAUCCCCUGGGGGAUCAGUAUUGUUGAGAGAACUGGCAUGUGCUGGUAAUGUUGCAGAUGCUACCCUCUCAGCUCAGGCUACACCCCUAUUGCAUGCUCUCACAGCUGCCCACGCCUACAUCAUGAUGUUUGUUCAUACUUGCAGAGUUGGACAGAGUGAAAUUCGUUCUAUCUCAGUAAACCAGUGGGGCUCUCAGCUGGGUCUAAGUGUUCUGAGCAAGUUGAGCCAGUUAUACUGUUCCCUUGUGUGGGAAAGUACUGUCCUCCUCUCUCUCUGUACUCCAAACAGCCUUCCAUCUGGGUGUGAAUUUGGCCAAGCGGACAUGCAGAAACUGGUUCCAAAGGAUGAGAAGGCAGGUAUGACACAAGGAGGAAAAAGAUCAGAAGGGGAACAAGAAGGUACAGCUGGAAGUAUGGAUGCUUCUACACAGGGCUUAUUGGAAGGCAUUGGUUUGGAUGGUGACACAUUGGCUCCAAUGGAGACAGAUGAGCCUACUACUUCAGACUCUAAGGGCAAAUCUAAAAUCACACCAGCCAUGGCUGCCAGAAUUAAGCAGAUCAAGCCUUUGUUAUCAGCUUCUUCUAGAUUAGGCCGAGCACUUGCUGAGCUCUUUGGACUCCUUGUUAAACUUUGUGUGGGGUCUCCUGUCCGUCAGAGAAGGAGCCAUCAUGCUGCCAGCACUACUACAGCACCGACACCCGCUGCACGAUCAACAGCCUCAGCUCUCACUAAGCUUCUCACAAAAGGCUUAUCUUGGCAGCCACCACCAUAUACACCUACACCCCGUUUUAGACUGACAUUCUUCAUCUGUUCAGUUGGUUUCACAUCCCCAAUGCUGUUUGAUGAGCGGAAGUAUCCUUACCACCUCAUGCUGCAGAAAUUUCUCUGCUCUGGAGGCCACAAUGCUCUCUUUGAAACUUUUAAUUGGGCGCUGUCCAUGGGAGGCAAAGUUCCAGUUUCUGAGGGGUUGGAACAUUCAGAAUUACCUGAUGGUACAGGAGAAUUCUUAGAUGCCUGGCUAAUGCUGGUGGAGAAAAUGGUGAAUCCUACCACGGUGCUUGAAUCUCCACAUUCGCUGCCUGCCAAAUUGCCUGGAGGUGCCCAGAACUUUCCACAAUUCAGUGCCCUACGUUUCCUUGUGGUAACUCAGAAAGCAGCCUUUACUUGCAUCAAGAAUCUUUGGAAUCGGAAACCCCUGAAGGUGUAUGGAGGGCGAAUGGCUGAAUCCAUGCUGGCCAUUUUGUGCCACAUUCUUCGAGGAGAACCUGUGAUUCGAGAGAGACUGAGCAAAGAGAAGGAAGGUUCUCGAGGAGAUGAUGAAGCAGGACAAGAAGAAGGUGGCUCACGCCGGGAUCCCCAAGUCAACCAGCAACAACUGCAACAGCUCAUGGACAUGGGCUUCACAAGAGAACAUGCCAUGGAAGCCCUGUUGAACACGAGCACCAUGGAGCAGGCUACAGAGUACCUUCUAACCCACCCUCCUCCAAUCAUGGGAGGGGUUGUUCGGGAUCUGAGCAUGUCAGAAGAAGACCAGAUGAUGAGAGCAAUUGCUAUGUCUCUUGGACAGGAUAUCCCAAUGGAUCAAAGGGCGGAAUCACCUGAGGAAAUUGCUUGCCGGAAGGAAGAGGAGGAAAGGAAAGCUCGUGAAAAGCAAGAAGAGGAAGAGGCUAAAUGUCUAGAGAAGUUUCAGGAUGCUGACCCAUUAGAGCAAGAUGAGCUUCACACUUUCACAGAUACCAUGUUGCCUGGCUGCUUCCACCUUCUUGAUGAACUGCCAGACACUGUUUACCGAGUGUGUGAUCUGAUUAUGACAGCCAUCAAGCGUAAUGGAGCUGACUAUCGUGAUAUGAUUCUAAAGCAAGUGGUCAAUCAAGUAUGGGAAGCUGCUGAUGUAUUAAUCAAAGCUGCUCUUCCUUUGACAACAAGCGACACUAAAACUGUGUCAGAAUGGAUCAGUCAGAUGGCCACCCUGCCCCAGGCUUCUAAUUUGGCUACUAGGAUAUUACUUUUAACGCUUCUUUUUGAGGAGUUGAAGCUACCUUGUGCUUGGGUUGUUGAAUCUAGUGGCAUCCUUAACGUCCUAAUCAAACUCUUGGAAGUAGUUCAGCCCUGUCUACAGGCUGCCAAAGAGCAAAAGGAGGUACAGACCCCAAAAUGGAUCACCCCAGUGUUGCUCCUGAUUGAUUUUUAUGAAAAAACAGCCAUCUCCUCAAAAAGGAGAUCCCAAAUGACUAAGUACCUACAGUCCAACAGCAACAACUGGCGCUGGUUUGAUGACCGCUCUGGACGUUGGUGUAGUUAUAGUGCAAGCAACAACAGCACUAUUGAUUCUGCCUGGAAAUCUGGAGAGACAAGUGUCCGAUUCACUGCAGGCCGAAGAAGAUACACUGUCCAGUUCACUACAAUGGUGCAGGUUAAUGAGGAAACAGGGAACAGACGCCCAGUCAUGCUAACUCUCCUCAGAGUACCACGACUAAAUAAAAAUUCAAAAAAUAGUAAUGGGCAGGAACUAGAGAAGACACUGGAAGAAAGCAAAGAAAUGGACAUAAAACGUAAAGAAAAUAAAGCCUGUGAUGUUCCCUUGGCCCUGGAGAGUACAAGUACAGAGAAGGAGACCAGCCUGGAAGAAAACAAAAUUGCAGAGAUCCUAAUCCAAGGACUGACAGAGGAUAUGGUGACCGUUUUAAUCCGGGCCUGUGUGAGCAUGCUGGGAGUCCCUGUGGACCCAGAUACUUUGCAUGCCACUCUUCGCCUCUGCUUGAGACUUACCCGGGACCACAAAUAUGCCAUGAUGUUUGCAGAACUGAAGAGCACCCGCAUGAUCUUGAAUUUGACCCAGAGCUCAGGCUUCAAUGGGUUUACUCCUCUAGUCACCCUUCUCUUAAGACACAUUAUUGAAGAUCCCUGUACCCUUCGUCAUACCAUGGAAAAGGUGGUUCGCUCAGCAGCUACAAGUGGAGCUGGUAGCACUACCUCUGGUGUUGUAUCUGGCAGCCUUGGCUCUCGAGAGAUAAACUACAUCCUUCGUGUCCUUGGGCCAGCUGCAUGUCGCAAUCCAGACAUUUUCACAGAGGUCGCCAACUGCUGUAUCCGCAUUGCUCUUCCAGCCCCACGCGGAUCAGGAACUGCUUCAGAUGAUGAAUUUGAGAAUCUUCGAAUUAAAGGCCCUAAUGCUGUACAGUUGGUGAAGACAACUCCUUUGAAGCCCUCACCUUUGCCUGUCAUUCCUGAUACUAUCAAAGAAGUGAUUUAUGAUAUGUUGAAUGCUCUAGCUGCGUACCAUGCUCCAGAAGAAGCAGACAAAUCUGAUUCUAAGCCUGGGAGUAUGACACAGGAGGUUGGCCAGCUCCUGCAAGACAUGGGUGAUGAUGUAUACCAGCAGUACCGGUCACUUACACGUCAGGGCAGUGACUUUGAUACACAAUCAGGUUUUUCCAUUAAUAGUCAGGUCUUUGCUGCUGAUGGUGCCUCCACUGAGACUUCCACAUCAGGAACCUCCCAAGGAGAGGCUUCAACUCCAGAGGAGUCUCGAGAUGGAAAGAAAGAUAAAGAAGGAGACCGGGCCUCUGAAGAAGGCAAGCAGAAAGGCAAGGGCAGCAAACCUUUAAUGCCCACUUCAACUAUCCUUCGUCUUCUGGCAGAGUUGGUGAGGUCUUAUGUUGGUAUUGCUACGCUGAUUGCCAACUACAGCUACACUGUCGGCCAGUCUGAGCUGAUCAAAGAGGACUGCAGUGUGCUUGCUUUUGUUUUGGACCACCUCCUCCCACAUUCCCAGAAUGCAGAAGACAAAGACACACCUGCGCUUGCUCGCCUAUUUCUUGCGAGCUUGGCUGCUGCAGGAAGUGGUACAGAUGCCCAGGUUGCACUAGUGAAUGAAGUAAAGGCAGCCCUUGGACGGGCACUGGCUAUGGCUGAAAGUACAGAGAAGCAUGCCAGACUUCAGGCAGUGAUGUGUAUCAUCAGUACUAUCAUGGAGUCCUGUCCCUCCACCUCCAGCUUUUACAGCAGUGCCACAGCCAAGAGUCAGCACAAUGGCAUGAACAACAUCAUUCGACUCUUCCUGAAGAAGGGGCUGGUCAAUGACCUGGCCAGAGUUCCUCAUAGCCUGGAUCUGUCCAGUUCGGGAAGCGAGCCUGGGGAAACAGAAGUGCAGGAGGAGGAUCAUGAUGUCACUCAGACAGAGGUGGCAGAUGGGGAUAUCAUGGAUGGGGAGGCUGAAACCGACUCAGUGGUGAUUGCUGGGCAGCCUGAGGUGUUCAGUUCACAAGAGAUGCAGGUUGAGAAUGAGCUGGAGGACCUGAUAGAUGAGUUGCUUGAGAGGGAUGGCGGAUCUGGGAACAGUACAAUUAUAGUGAGCAGAAGUGGAGAGGAUGAAUCACAAGAGGACGUGCUGAUGGAUGAAGCUCCUUCCAACCUCAGCCAAGCUUCCACCUUGCAGGCCAACCGAGAAGAUUCCAUGAAUAUCCUGGACCCUGAGGAUGAGGAGGAGCACACUCAGGAAGAGGACAGCAGUGGCAGUAACGAGGAUGAGGAUGAUAGUCAGGAUGAAGAGGAGGAGGAGGAGGAAGAUGAGGAGGAUGAUCAGGAGGAUGAUGAAGGUGAAGAGGGAGAUGAAGAUGAUGACGACGAUGGCUCUGAGAUGGAAUUGGAUGAGGAUUAUCCCGAUAUGAACGCUUCUCCCUUGGUCCGAUUUGAACGCUUUGACCGGGAGGAUGAUCUCAUCAUUGAGUUUGACAACAUGUUCUCCAGUGCUACAGACAUCCCCCCAUCCCCAGGAAAUAUCCCUACCACUCACCCACUAAUGGUACGACAUGCAGACCACAGUUCCCUGACUCUGGGCAGUGGCUCUUCUACUACUCGUCUGACCCAGGGCAUUGGGCGCAGCCAGAGGACCUUAAGGCAGCUGACAGCCAAUACAGGCCACACGAUUCAUGUUCACUACCCAGGGAAUCGCCAGCCCAACCCGCCUCUUAUACUUCAGAGGUUGCUGGGCCCAUCAGCUGCUGCUGACAUCCUUCAGCUGAGCAGCAGCCUCCCUCUACAAAGCCGGGGCCGAGCCCGCCUCCUGGUAGGCAAUGAUGACGUUCAUAUUAUUGCCCGAUCUGAUGAUGAACUACUGGAUGACUUUUUUCAUGACCAGAGCACAGCUACCAGCCAAGCAGGAACUCUCUCCAGUAUACCCACAGCCCUGACCCGCUGGACAGAGGAAUGCAAAGUUCUUGAUGCUGAGAGCAUGCACGAUUGUGUUUCAGUUGUUAAAGUGCCCAUUGUCAAUCACCUGGAAUUCCUGAGGGAUGAAGAGCUGGAAGAAAGGCGGGAGAAACGAAGGAAACAGUUGGCUGAGGAAGAAACAAAGGUGAACGACAAAAGCAAAGAAGAUAAAGAAAACAAGGAUCAGAGUGCACAGUGUACUGCAUCAAAGACAAAUGAUUCAGCUGAACAGAACCUUUCAGAUGGGGCUCCUAUGCCUGAAAGCUACCCAACAACCCCAUCUUCAACUGAUGCAGCUACAUCGGAGUCUAAGGAGACACUUAUUACUCUACAACCCUCACAACCACCACCAACGCUGCCACCCCCACCAGCCUUGGAAGAGAUUCCUCAAGAGCUACAGUCCCCAACUCGAGAAGGAGAGAGUUCUACACAGCUAUUGAUGCCUGUAGAGCCAGAGGAAUUGGGCCCAACAAGACCAAGUGGAGAAACAGAAACCACUCAAAUGGAGUUAUCCCCAGCUCCCACUAUAACCUCUCUUUCCCCAGAGAGAGCUGAAGAUUCUGAUGCACUGACAGCUGUCAGCAGUCAACUCGAAGGCUCUCCCAUGGACACCAGCAGCCUGGCUUCCUGUACCCUAGAGGAGGCUGUGGGUGACACCUCAGCAGCUGGUAGUUCUGAACAGCCCACAGCAGGCAGCACAACUCCUGGAGAUGCCCCAGCCGUUGUGGCAGAAGUGCAAGGCAGGGGUGAUGGGACAGGGGAACCCGUCCAGGCACCAGAGGACAGCUCUCCCCCAGCAUCUUCUGAGAGUUCUUCCACCAGAGACUCUGCUGUGGCCAUUUCUGGAGCAGACUCCCGAGGAAUUCUAGAAGAGCCACUGCCUUCAACUAGCAGUGAAGAGGAAGAUCCCCUUGCUGGUAUCAGUCUCCCUGAAGGUGUGGACCCCUCUUUUCUGGCUGCUCUGCCUGAUGACAUCCGUCGGGAAGUCCUACAGAACCAGUUGGGCAUCCGACCACCAACCCGGACUGCCCCCUCAACAACUAGCUCAGCUCCUACAGUGGUAGGGAAUCCAGGAGUGACUGAAGUCAGCCCUGAGUUCCUGGCGGCUCUGCCUCCAGCUAUUCAGGAGGAAGUGCUGGCACAGCAGAGAGCGGAGCAACAGCGACGGGAAUUGGCACAGAGUGCCAGUUCAGACACCCCCAUGGACCCUGUAACCUUCAUCCAGACUCUACCCUCAGACUUGCGCCGUAGCGUCCUAGAGGAUAUGGAGGACAGUGUGUUGGCUGUGAUGCCACCUGAUAUUGCAGCUGAGGCUCAAGCUCUAAGGAGAGAGCAGGAAGCCCGACAACGGCAACUCAUGCAUGAGCGUCUGUUUGGGCAUAGCAGCACCUCUGCGCUCUCUGCUAUCCUCCGAAGCCCGGCUUUCACCAGUCGCCUGAGUGGUAACCGUGGGGUUCAAUAUACUCGCCUUGCUGUGCAGAGAGGAGGCACUUUCCAGAUGGGAGGCAGCAGUAGCCAUAAUAGGCCUUCUGGAAGUAAUGUGGAUACACUUCUCCGCCUCCGAGGCCGACUCCUCCUGGACCAUGAAGCCCUAUCUUGUCUCCUGGUCCUACUUUUUGUAGAUGAACCAAAGCUCAAUACAAGUCGGUUACACCGUGUGCUGCGAAAUCUCUGCUACCAUGCCCAGACCCGCCACUGGGUCAUUCGCAGCUUACUGUCCAUCUUGCAGCGCAGCAGUGAAAGUGAGCUCUGCAUUGAAACACCCAAGCUUACCACAGCUGAGGAAAAGGGCAAAAAGUCAAGCAAGAGCUGUGGGUCAAGCAGCCAUGAAAACCGGCCCUUGGACCUGCUACACAAGAUGGAGUCUAAGAGUUCCAACCAACUCUCUUGGCUUUCAGUAUCCAUGGAUGCAGCCUUAGGUUGCAGGACUAAUAUAUUCCAGAUCCAACGUUCAGGUGGCCGCAAACAUACAGAGAAACAUGCGAGCAGUGGCUCUACUGUCCAUAUUCACCCCCAGGCUGCUCCUGUUGUCUGUAGACAUGUUCUGGACACACUCAUUCAAUUGGCCAAGGUGUUUCCCAGCCACUUCACACAGCAGCGGACCAAAGAAACAAAUUGUGAGAGUGAUCGGGAGAGAGGUAGUAAGCAGGCCUGUAGUCCCUGCUCUUCACAAUCCACCAGCAGUGGCAUUUGCACAGACUUCUGGGACUUACUGGUAAAACUGGACAACAUGAAUGUCAGCCGGAAAGGCAAGAAUUCCGUGAAGUCAGUACCAGUGAGCGCAGGUGGUGAGGGCGAAACCUCCCUAUACAGCCUUGAGGCCUCCCCACUGGGACAGCUCAUGAACAUGUUGUCACACCCAGUCAUCCGCCGGAGUUCUCUAUUAACUGAGAAACUCCUGAGACUCCUCUCUCUCAUCUCAAUUGCUCUCCCAGAAAACAAAAUGUCAGAAGCACAGAUUACUUCUGCCAGCAGCACUUCCUCUACUGUUGCUGUCACCACAACCACAUCUACUACCACUGCUACUGUUGCCACCACACCUAUUCCCUCGGCUACAACCACCCCUGCAACUUCUGCUCCAGGUCUGGUUGCUGCCGCGGUUAUUUCCACCAUUGCCAUAGCUGCUUCAACCACAGUGACUACUCCUACAACUGCUACCACUACUGUUUCAACUUCUACAACUACUAAGGGCAGCAAAUCUCCAGCAAAGGUUGGUGAUGGCAGCAAUACAGACUUUAAGAUGGUAUCUUCUGGUCUAACUGAAAACCAACUACAACUCUCAGUGGAGGUGUUAACCUCCCACUCUUGUUCUGAAGAAGGACUAGAAGAUGCAGCCAAUGUGUUACUGCAGCUCUCUCGGGGGGACCCUGGGACUCGAGACACUGUUCUCAAGCUGCUACUGAAUGGAGCCCGCCAUCUGGGUUAUACUCUUUGUAAACAGAUAGGUACUCUUUUGGCUGAGCUACGGGAAUAUAACCUGGAACAGCAGCGUCGAGCCCAGUGUGAAACCCUCUCUCCUGAUGGCCUUCCCGAGGAGCAGCCACAAACCACUAAGUUAAAAGGCAAAAUGCAGAGCAGGUUUGAUAUGGCUGAGAAUGUAGUAAUUGUGGCAUCUCAGAAGCGACCCUUGGGUGGCCGAGAGCUCCAGCUGCCUUCUAUGUCCAUGUUGACAUCCAAGACAUCUACCCAGAAGUUCUUCUUGAGGGUGCUUCAGGUCAUCAUUCAGCUCCGGGACGACACACGCCGAGCUAACAAGAAAGCCAAGCAGACAGGAAGGCUAGGUUCUUCCGGUCUGGGCUCAGCUAGCAGCAUCCAGGCAGCUGUUCGGCAGCUGGAGGCUGAGGCUGAUGCCAUUAUACAAAUGGUACGUGAGGGUCAAAGGGCGCGGAGACAGCAACAAGCAGCAACGUCGGAGUCUAGCCAGUCAGAGGCAUCUGUUCGGAGGGAGGAGUCACCUAUGGAUGUGGACCAGCCAUCUCCUAGCGCUCAAGAUACUCAAUCCAUUGGGUCUGAUGGAACUCCACAGGGAGAAAAGGAGAAGGAAGAAAGGCCACCAGAGUUACCCCUGCUCAGUGAGCAGCUGAGCUUGGAUGAACUGUGGGAUAUGCUGGGGGAGUGUUUAAAGGAACUGGAGGAAUCCCAUGACCAGCAUGCAGUACUAGUGCUACAGCCUGCCGUUGAGGCCUUCUUUCUGGUCCAUGCCACAGAGCGGGAAAGCAAGCCUCCUGUUCGAGAUACCCGUGAGAGUCAGCUGGCACACAUCAAGGAUGAGCCGCCUCCACUCUCCCCUGCCCCUUUAACCCCAGCCACUCCUUCCUCCCUUGACCCUUUCUUCUCCCGGGAGCCUUCAUCUAUGCAUAUCUCCUCAAGUCUACCCCCUGACACACAGAAGUUCCUUCGCUUUGCAGAGACUCAUCGCACUGUGUUAAACCAGAUCCUACGGCAGUCCACCACCCAUCUUGCUGAUGGGCCCUUUGCUGUCCUGGUAGACUACAUUCGUGUCCUUGACUUUGAUGUCAAACGCAAAUAUUUUCGCCAAGAGCUGGAGCGUUUGGAUGAAGGGCUCCGGAAAGAAGAUAUGGCUGUGCAUGUCCGCCGUGACCAUGUGUUUGAAGAUUCCUAUCGUGAGCUGCAUCGCAAAUCCCCUGAAGAAAUGAAGAAUCGAUUGUAUAUCGUGUUUGAAGGAGAAGAAGGGCAGGAUGCUGGAGGGCUCCUGAGGGAAUGGUAUAUGAUCAUCUCUCGAGAGAUGUUUAACCCUAUGUAUGCCUUGUUCCGCACCUCACCCGGUGAUCGAGUCACCUAUACCAUCAAUCCAUCUUCCCACUGCAACCCCAACCACCUUAGCUACUUCAAGUUUGUUGGACGUAUUGUAGCCAAAGCUGUAUAUGACAACCGCCUUCUGGAGUGCUACUUUACUCGAUCCUUCUACAAACAUAUCCUGGGCAAGUCUGUCAGAUACACAGAUAUGGAGAGUGAAGAUUACCACUUUUACCAGGGCCUGGUUUAUCUGCUGGAAAAUGAUGUCUCUACCCUAGGCUAUGACCUUACUUUUAGCACUGAGGUCCAAGAGUUUGGAGUCUGUGAAGUUCGUGACCUCAAACCCAAUGGGGCCAAUAUCUUGGUAACUGAAGAAAAUAAAAAGGAAUAUGUACACCUAGUAUGCCAGAUGAGAAUGACAGGAGCCAUCCGAAAACAGCUGGCAGCUUUCUUAGAAGGAUUCUAUGAGAUCAUUCCAAAGCGCCUCAUUUCCAUCUUCACUGAACAGGAGUUAGAGUUGCUUAUAUCAGGAUUGCCCACAAUUGACAUUGAUGAUCUGAAAUCUAAUACUGAAUACCACAAGUACCAGUCCAACUCUAUUCAGAUCCAGUGGUUCUGGAGAGCACUGCGCUCUUUUGACCAAGCUGACCGUGCCAAGUUCCUCCAGUUUGUUACGGGUACUUCCAAAGUGCCCCUACAAGGCUUUGCUGCCCUUGAAGGCAUGAAUGGCAUUCAGAAGUUUCAGAUCCACCGAGAUGAUAGGUCCACAGAUCGCCUACCUUCUGCGCACACAUGUUUUAAUCAGCUGGACCUGCCUGCCUAUGAGAGCUUUGAGAAGCUCCGCCACAUGCUACUAUUGGCCAUCCAGGAGUGCUCUGAAGGCUUUGGGCUAGCCUAGUAAGGCCCCAUCCACUUCUGGGGGUUUUCUACCAUUGUUGAACCUAGGGACGGGGGAAAUAGAAACAAAAAGCACCAGAAGGAAUUUGUCAGAAACCAAUAAAUGAAAUCCACCGACUCACCAUGUGUAUGUUCCGGCUGCCCCAUAUUCCUUAGCAUACCUGUUCCCCUCUCUUGCUCAUUCUCUUCUUACCUCACUUUUGCCCUUUCCAUGCCAUUCAUGAUCUCUCCCCCACCCCCAUGUGUUAAAAAGGCAAUAGCCUUUGCAGGGACCUAUUUGUCCCAGCUGUUCGAACAGUGUGCUCCUCAGAUUCUGUGUUCAGAAGGAUUUGCUGCAUUGAGACUUGAAACCUUUGGAUAGGGGAAAAAUUAUAUAUAUAUAUAUAUUUUUUUGUUCUGUUUGCAUUUCUUAAUUUGUGCUUGGAAUGUGUUGAUGUGCACAGCUAAUGAUUCAAUGCGAGACAAGAUUGGCGUCUGUGUUGUGGAGGUUUCAAAUAAAGAGCACUCUUCAUAACUCA